AUGGCAAACCCUAACGAUAUUACGAUUGAUAUUCCCAUGACAAAAGUCACCACCAACACCAGUGCCACGGGGGCUCGCCGUGCAGACAUCAUCUCUCCUGCACGUUCCCAGCCAAGCACUGACUUCCCUGAACAACUCGACGAGAAACAGGCCCAUCGUCAUUUUCACAGAGGCCCUGGUGGCCGAAGACGGAGACUCGACAAGGAGGAUGAGAGAAAGACAGAGAAAGAGCAGGGCACACUGAACGCUGUCGGAAGAUUCUACAAGAAGGUUUACAACUUCUCCGUCGUCACUCGCUACUUCACCUAUGUUGCUCCCUUGGCUCUGUUGAUCGCCAUUCCUAUCAUCAUCGGUGCCACUGCCGCUCCCCGUGCUCGCAUUGGCGGGGUUCGAAUUGUCUGGUUCUUCGCCUGGGUCGAGGUCGUUUGGGUUUCGCUAUGGAUUUCAAAAAUCGUCGCUCAUUUCCUGCCACGCCUCUUUCAAUUUCUCAUCGGUGUCGUCAGUUCCGGUACUCGAAAAUACUCUCUAGUCCUCAGUGCAUUGGAAAUCCCUCUGUCCUUGGUCGGCUGGGCUGUCACUUCGCUCGCAACCUUCGUCCCCUUCAUGACCCUCACCCCCGACUCGCUCGCAAGAAAUCCUGGUAAAGGCCUUCAGAACUGGCAACAGAUUGUCAAGAACAUUCUCUUCGCCUGUGUCUUCUCUACCCUGGUCCUCCUUGUCGAGAAGCUUUUCGUGCAGCUGCUGUCAAUCAGUUAUCACCGCAAACAGUUCGAUGACCGGAUCAAAGAGUCAAAGCGGAACAUUCACUUGGUCAGCCUGCUCUACGAUGCAUCUCGACGCAUGUUCCCAGCCUACUGUCGAGAGUUUGCCGAGGAAGACUAUCUCAUUAGCGAUGUCCUUGACCUGGGCGGUGUGACCUCCAGCAGAAAUAGUAUGAUGCCAGGUCACAAGCGAUCGGGUUCCGCCACUCCAAUGCGUUUGAUCCAGAACGUUGCUCGAGUGGGUGACAAGGUCACUGCGGCUUUUGGUAAUGUUGCCCAUGAAAUCACUGGCAAGAAGGUCUUCAACCCAACCGCAUCUCAUUCAGUCGUGGUUCAAGCUCUGGAAAAGAAGCGCUCCGCCGAGGCUUUGGCACGUCGAUUGUGGAUGUCAUUUGUUCUCGAAGGAAAAGAUGCACUCAGUAUCGACGACAUUGUGGAUGUUCUUGGCUCUGAUCGUGAGGCAGAGGCUCAGGAAGCCUUUGAGGUUCUGGAUGUUGACGCUAAUGGCGAUAUCUCCCUCGAGGAGAUGAUCCUCCGCAUCACCGAAUUCGGCCGAGAUCGUCAAUCUAUUGCCAACAGUAUGCACGACGUCGAUCAAGCCAUCAAUGUACUCGACAACCUACUCUGCACUGUCGUUUUCAUCGUGGUCAUCUUCAUCUUCGUCGCCUGGCUCAACAGCAACUUCACCACCACUUUAGCAACUGCAGGCACUGCUUUACUCUCCAUGUCAUUUGUCUUUGCCGGCACUGCUCAAGAAGUCCUUGGUUCUUGCAUCUUCCUUUUUGUCAAGCACCCCUUCGAUGUGGGAGAUCGUGUCGAUAUCUCUGACGUCUCAUAUGUUGUCGAACGCAUGUCUUUACUCUACACCGUCUUCCGUCGAGUCAAGGAUCAGAAAAAAUCCCAGGUACCAAACAUUGUACUCAACUCGAAUUGGAUUGACAAUGUCUCUCGGAGUAAAGCCAUGCGGGAACAGGUUCAACUCUAUGUCAACUUUGAUACUUCAUUCGAAGAUCUGGAUCUUCUCAAGACUGAAAUGGUCAAAUUUGUUCGAGACAAGGAAAAUGCACGUGACUUCCAGCCAGAUAUCGAUAUUGAAGUCACUGGAGUGGCAGAAAUGAACAAGAUGGAAUUGAGACUCGAAAUCCGACACAAAUCUAAUUGGUCAAAUGAGGCCGUUCGUGCUGCAAGGCGCAGCAAAUUCAUGUGUGCAUUGGUGACGGCGAUGCGCAAAGUCCCGUUGUAUGGCCCUGGAGCGGGUGGUGCUGGUGCAGGGGACAAGGCUAAUCCCACAUACUCGGUUGCAAUCUCUCACGAGGAGGCCGCCAGAAACAAAGAUUCCUUUGAUAUCGAUAAAGACAAGAAGAGACUGGUGCCGCUCAUGGAUCAAAACAUCGCUAGGACACCUACACAGGCUCAACCCGCUCAAACCGAUUACCUUGGUGCCACAAGUGGUGCAGAAGUUCGAGAGGCUACUGCUAUUGAUCAUCUGGUCAGGAGAAAUAUCGCGGUGGACCCAGAAGACUCCUUUGACAACGACCGCGAUCUUGAGUUGACUAGACAACGGGCUGAGGAGGUUGACGAAGUGCGAAACAUUCUUCGCCGUGAGUCAACAACUGGACGUCGUCGUGCAGCUGCACGACAGAGCCAGAGUGGUCUCUAUAUGAAUGACAGCCUUGGCUCUCGUACCAUUCCGACUAUUGCAGAGCCAUCACCACCAGAGCCUAUCAGCAACCCAUCAGCAUAUCCAAAUCCAUCAGCAUACCCUCCACGAGUCAGCUACUUCGAGGAUACGAACAACCAUCCUCCCGCUUCUGGGUCAUCUUCAUCACAACCUUGGACGAAUGUUGCACCCCUUAAUUACAACCCUGCCAUAUCAUCGUCAAAUCGACCAACCUCACCUGCCACUUCACAAGCAACUACUGUUUCAAGCCCGAGCCGCUAUGUUCCUGGCAAUGCCUUUUCACAAGCUGCUCAUGCCGAGCAACAAGUGCCUAGAAUGCCGGUACCUGGUAUGCCAGAGAUGAAGAGAACUUUGCAACAACCACCAACACCACCAAAAUGA